GUGGAGGCUCAUUCACUGAUUAGAGCCAGCGCUGAGAGGCAGCACCGCUCCUUCUCUCAGACCAACCGAGUCUCUUGAUCUGUACAUGCAAUCCCAGGCAGCUCGCGAGCACACACCCGGGGCCAGCCGCCUGCCGCUGCCGCCGCCGCCGCCGCCGCUGCCUCCGCCGGCUCUGCGCACCCGGGACUUUCCAUGCACUGCACUCUCCGCCUUCUUCUCUCCGCGCCCUGAAAAGUGCGAACGUUCUCCCCAGGAAUUUCCACGGUCUUAGAAGGGCAUGAUUCCCCAGUAAUAUUCCCCACCCUGAUCCAAGGUGCCACUCGGCCGCCCUCCCAGGGAAGACUGCUUCUUGUGUGACGCCAACCAUUGAAAGAGACUCCGAUGGACUUACACCGGGCAGCCUUCAAGAUGGAGAACUCAUCCUACCUUCCCAACCCUCUGGCAUCCCCAGCACUGAUGGUCUUGGCAUCCACAGCCGAGGCCAGCCGGGAUGCUUCCAUCCCUUGUCAGCAGCCACGACCCUUUGGUGUACCUGUCUCAGUAGACAAGGAUGUGCAUAUUCCCUUCACCAACGGCUCCUACACCUUCGCCUCUAUGUACCAUCGGCAAGGUGGGGUGCCAGGCACUUUUGCCAAUCGUGAUUUCCCCCCUUCCUUAUUACACCUCCACCCUCAGUUUGCUCCCCCUAAUCUAGAUUGUACCCCAAUCAGCAUGCUGAAUCAUAGUGGUGUGGGGGCUUUCCGUCCCUUUGCUUCCACUGAGGACCGGGAAAGCUAUCAGUCAGCCUUUACUCCAGCCAAGCGACUUAAGAACUGCCAUGACACAGAGUCUCCCCACCUGCGCUUCUCAGAUGCAGAUGGCAAGGAAUAUGACUUUGGGACACAGCUGCCAUCUAGCUCCCCCGGUUCACUUAAGGUUGAUGACACUGGGAAGAAGAUUUUUGCGGUCUCUGGCCUCAUUUCUGAUCGAGAAGCGUCAUCUAGCCCAGAGGAUCGGAAUGACAGAUGUAAGAAGAAAGCAGCAGCGUUGUUUGACAACCAGGCCCCAAUCUGCCCCAUCUGCCAAGUCCUGCUGAGGCCUAGCGACUUGCAGGAGCACAUGGAACAGGAACUGGAGCAGCUGGCCCAGCUGCCCACCAGCAAGAAUUCCCUUCUGAAGGAUGCCAUGGCUCCAGGCACCCCCAAGUCCCUCCUAUUGUCUGCUUCCAUCAAGAGGGAAGGAGAAUCUCCGACAGCAUCACCACACUCAUCUGCCACCGAUGACCUGCACCACUCAGACAGAUACCAGACCUUCCUGCGAGUGCGAGCCAACCGGCAGACCCGACUGAAUGCUCGGAUUGGGAAAAUGAAACGGAGGAAGCAAGAUGAAGGGCAGGUAUGUCCCCUGUGCAACCGCCCCCUGGCAGGAUCGGAACAAGAGAUGAGUAGGCAUGUGGAGCAUUGCCUUUCUAAGAGGGAAGGCUCCUGCAUAGCUGAGGAUGAUGCUGUGGACAUCGAGCAUGAGAACAGCAAUCGCUUUGAAGAGUAUGAGUGGUGUGGGCAGAAGCGGAUACGGGCCACCACUCUCCUGGAAGGUGGCUUCCGAGGCUCUGGCUUCGUCAUGUGCAGUGGCAAAGAGAACCCGGACAGUGAUGCGGACCUGGAUGUGGAUGGAGAUGACACUCUGGAAUAUGGGAAGCCACAAUACACAGAGGCUGACGUCAUCCCCUGCACGGGCGAGGAGCCUGGUGAAGCCAAGGAGAGAGAAGCACUGCGGGGUGCAGUCCUAAAUGGUGGCCCUCCCAGCACCCGAAUCACACCUGAAUUCUCCAAAUGGGCCAGUGAUGAGAUGCCAUCCACCAGCAAUGGUGAAAGCAGCAAGCAGGAGGCCAUGCAGAAGACCUGUAAGAACAGCGACAUUGAGAAAAUCACCGAGGAUUCAACUGUGACCACAUUUGAGGCUCUAAAGGCUCGAGUCAGGGAGCUUGAACGGCAGCUAUCUCGGGGGGACCGUUACAAAUGCCUCAUCUGUAUGGACUCGUACUCAAUGCCCCUAACGUCGAUCCAGUGUUGGCACGUGCACUGCGAGGAGUGCUGGCUGCGGACCCUGGGAGCCAAGAAGCUCUGCCCUCAGUGUAACACGAUCACAGCACCCGGAGACCUACGGAGGAUCUACUUGUGAGCCAGCCACCCAGGCAGGCCUUGCCUUGAGCAGCCCUACCUGCCCCCACACUCUGUGUGACAGUGACCCUCUCUCCUUGUACAUACUUGCACACAGAUUCCCUAUGUACAUACAUGCACAUACACUCACACGUGCGUGUGCACGUGCACCUACACAGGACUCUGGAGCCAGAGUGGAGGCUGAGGCCAAGGCCCUGCCUACUGGCUCCCACCAAGCUUAGGGACCAGAUGUGUUCCAGCCUCUGUUCCCAGGAUGGGGCAGGGAGGUAGGGGCCGGGAGUGGCGGGGCAUGACUCCGGAGAUCCAGCUCCCAGACCGACAGACAGACAGACAGACAUGCAAACACCAGACUGAAGCACAUGUAAUAUAGACUGUGUAUGUUUACAAUGUUGUGUAUAAAUGGGACAACUCCUUCGUCCUCUGGCCCUCCCCUUCAGUUGUAUGAUUUUCUUCUUUUGUUAAGGAAUCUGGAAGCAGUGCCUCCCUCGGGGCUGGCUGGGGGCUCGGCCCAUCCACCUCUUGGAGUGCCUGCCUCUGCCUCUCCCUCUCCCGUGGCUUCCCUUCCCUCUCCCAUGUGCUCAGUGUUCAGUGGUGUAUAUUUCUUCUCCCAGACGUGGGGCACGUGUCCCAAGGGACAUGACCUUCUCUUUAGUCUUAGCUCAUGGGGCUCUUUAUGAGGAGUUGGAUUGGGGCAGGAACUGGGACCUGAGCUAAAGCAGAGGCUGAGGUCUGGGCUGGCUGAGGCUGCUCCUGGAUGCCCAGCCUUUUGCCAAGAACCAUUCCUGAGAGUGCAGCUGCUGUUCCCAGGGGAAAGUUGUCUCCCUGCCCCUCCUGUGCGCCCCAUGGUGUGAUGCUGUGUCUGUAUAUUCUAUACAAAGGUACUUGUCCUUUCCCUUUGUAAACUACAUUUGACAUGGAUUAAACCAAUGUAAACAGCU